AUGGCAAAGCCAAAGCGAUCGGAGGCAGAGGAGCAAGAGGCUCCAGAGGAGGAUGAGGAGGUUGAGGAGGAAGAGGAACCAGAAGGAGAAGAGGAAGAAGAGGAAAACGACGACGAGGUAGAGGAGGAGGAGGAGGCAAAGGAGACCCCAGCACCCCAGCCCAGUAAGCCAAGACCGGGGAUCCUGAAGUCGGGAGGAAAGCCAGGGGGGAAGGCUGUUGCAAAGGCGAAAAGCACACCAAAGGCGAAGGCGAGCCCAGCACCCAGCAAGGCACCCGCAAAGCCAAAAGCCAAGGCCGACCCUGCCAAACCCAAAGGGCCCAAAGCGAAGGCCAAGCCGAACCCAGCAACCCCAGCAACCAGCACGCCCAAGUCGAAGUGCAAACCCAAGAAGGCCAAGACAGCACCCAAAGCCAAGGCCAAGGCCGACCCCAAGGCGAAGGCCGACCCCAAGAAGAAGACCAACCCCAAAGACAACAAGGCCAACCCCAAAGCGAAGGCCGACCCCAAAGACAACAAGGCCAGCCCCAAAGCGAAGGCCGACCCCAAAGCGAAGGCCGACCCGAAGCCAAAGCAACUCGUAAGGAAGCGAAGCAUGGCAGAGGCCUUGACCGGCGACUGGAUCAAUGGGCUUGGGCCUGAGGAGUCCGGCGAGACUCCAGCAGAAGAGCCGGAGGAAAGCGAAGCUGGGCCGAAUCGACGAGACCGCAGCAAGCAACACAAGUUCAACGUGUUGCUCGCAGCAGGAGCAGUGCCAGAGAAGAUGAAGACGGAGUGGGAGGCUUUGAGUGCCGGCGGCAACGGCAAGAGGAAGAACCUGACGAAGUUUAUCGAGGACUCAGUGAGUCGUGACCCCGAGACAGGGAAGCUUGCCCUCGCCUGCGAAGCCGCAGAAGUGACGGGGGAAAGCAGUCUGGAGAAGAAGCAGUCCACUGGGUGGGGAGACAAGGGAUUGCCGAGAACGCUCUUUAAAGGGCGCUUUGGGUUGUCGGAUGAGCAGCUCAGGGCCGCGAUCUUGAAUGAUGAAGUCUCCGUUGUCACCCAAGACAACGUGGUGUUCUGUCAAUGGCGAACCUUGAAGUCCACUUCGAUGGACGAGCGAAAGAACGUGGCAAACAUCAAGUCCGAGGCUCUGAGAGUCUCUGGGUCCCAAGCAGGACAACUCCAAAACCUGUUCGACAGUGUGUCGAUGGAAAGGCCUGAGCCGACAGAGGAGGACCUCAGAAACGCCGCUGCCGCUGCCUCAUCGGCUGCUCCGCCGACCGUGGCGGUGCCAACCAUCAAAGCCAUCGAGGACAAGAAGGAGGAGCCUGCCGUGCCAGCGGCCUUGUCAGAGGCCGACUGGUCGAAAGCGGACGGGCUCCUAAAGAAGGCUGAAAGCGCCGUCGAGAAGCUCAAGAAGGAUGCAAGCAAACUGAGCGACAAGAUCAAGCAGAACAAAGACGACCCCCUCCUCAACAAAAUGAAGGCCACCAUCCAAGCUCUGACGGACAAGAAAGCUUUGCUGGAGCAUGUGCGAUCUUUCCAGGACCAGAGAGAUGUGUACAAGUGCCAGCUGUGCAGCCAAGUGGUCGAGGAGAUCACUGGCUGGAGUGGCCAGUUGAAGGUGCAAGCAAUAUCUGCUGCAGCAUUGCAUGAUGCCAGAGAACGAACUGUGACUGACCUCGAGCCCCUCGCCAAGCUUGGAAGCUCCGGUCAACACAGCAACAAUGUCAACAGGGACUUGAUGAGAUUGGUCGGGCAGGAGCCACUGAUGUACAAUCCCAGUCGCACCACUUUGCGAAAAAAUGCUUCUGAAGUGCCCGUGCCCGUCGACGGAGUGCCCAGCGACGAGCAUGCCUACACCAUCAGCCUGCCACACGAGUUAUUUAGCAGCCUCUACCACAAUUACAAGGCAGCAUGGAAACAAGUGAUCAUGCCUGGACAGGCGUUUUUGGAUCGCUUUUGGAAGUCGGCCAGAGGGCUGCCGCAGUGGGAGGGCCACCCACUGGCAUCGGAGCCAUCCCAUCAGGUGAGAAAAAUCAUACCAUUAUCAUUGCACGGGGACGAAACACCGGUGCUGGCCAAGGGGAAGAUUUGGUCCUCUUCAGCCUUAGUGAUGUCAUGGGCUUCCCUUUUGGGUAGCGGCUCCACGAAACAAAGCCAGCUCUACAUCUGGGCCGCCUGGCACAAGUCAUUCUCCAAAGAGACGAAUGAUGACCUCUGGAGUCUUUUACUCUGGUCUUUCGAAGCCUUGUGGUCCGGCGUUUUCCCGAAAAAAGACUGGCGAGGAUAUGAUUUCGAUCCCCACAGUCCCGAGGGACAGCGAGCUGGCCAAUACCUCGCGGACGGCUAUAGAGCUGUCUUGGUGGCUAGCUGUGGAGACCUGGACUACAUGGCACAGUUCCAGGGCCUUCCCCGGUGGAAUUCCAAUUCCCCUUGUUGCUUGUGCCAGUGCCAGAAGAAAGGAGACCGCAGUUGGCACUGCUUUGCGGAGGAUGCCGCAUGGAGGAUGUUCCAGAAGGACCUCUGCUCUGUGCUGGUGGUCCAUUUUGACCUGAUGCUUUGCCGGUACCUUGGCUAUCUCCAGCAGCUCUAUGGAUCGGUUUUUUGGGUCCUCUGUGAGGAGACGAUGCAUGGGAGUCCAAGCGACAAUCUGCAUGAACUCUGGGGUUUUCUGAAGACAUACCAAUCCACCCACAAGGUGCACAGCCCGUACUCCCAGAGGCUGAACAAGGUCAGCAUGUACAAGAAGAAGACCGACUUUCCGAAGCUUCGUGGAAAAGCGGCGGAGAUCAAGGACAUGGCAGCAGCCGUGCGGGCAAUGUGGGGUCAUUUUGGUGUUCCUGGUCAGGACUUCCAAGAGAUUGGGUUACUCUUGGAUUUGACAUGCAAGUUCGAGGAGAUACUGGAGGAAUGGCCCAUUGCAGACGGCUAUUUCUGCCUUCCUGCCGAAGCUGCAGACAGACUGAAGACGAACUUUCGGGACUUCGCAUGUUUGUAUGUCAUGGUCGGGGAUCGCUUUCGCAGCGAAGAUCGUCGGGCCUUCAAUCCUACGGAAAAGAUUCUCUUCUUCCGGAACAAUGCAUGUUUUUCACAUUUGUGGCUAUAA